GUCAAGUCAACCCUUUUUGUUUCUUGUUCUUGAUUCUAUUUCCAUGCUUUUCCAAUCUCUUAUUUGUUUCUUAUCCCCCAAGUACAUUCUUUACGAUAAUCACAAAGAUCGAUCUUUUAUAUUAACCCUAAUCCAAGAUUCAUCAAUCACUUCAACCCCAUAAUCCAAGAUUCAUUUCGGAUCUAUUUUUUUCUCCAUCAAAUUUGAGUUUUUUAAGAUCGUAGACGAAAAUGGACGACGUAAAAGACAAGUUUAAAGGGUUCAUGAAGAAAGUAACUUCUUCAUCUUCAUCUUCCUCUGGCAAAUUCAAGGGCCAAGGUAGAGUCUUGGGUUCUUCUUCAUCUUCUUCUUCUUCCACACCUGUUAAUUCCAUUCCUACCCCUCGCCCAUCACCUUCUCCCUCUCAGAAUCCUAAUCCCAAACCAAACCCUAACCCUAAACCCACUUCAACGAUCGCUUCAAAUCCUACCAAAAUCGAUAAGCCUCGUAAAACUGGAGAUGGGUUUGACCCAUUUGAUGCUUUGGUCACUUCAUCUCAGAGAUCUAAAAAUGGGUAUUCACUUAAUGUAUAUGAAUGCCCCAUUUGUAAAACACCUUUUCGAUCCGAAGACGAAGUUUCUGAACACGUCGAAAGUUGUUUGAGUAACUCAAAUGAGCGUGUUGAUAAUGAUGAAAAAUUUGUUUCAAAGAGUGAAGAAAUUGUUGAGUCUGAUACUGAAUUGGAGAUUUGUAUUGGUACUUAUGUUUCAGGGAAUCCAUCUGUUGGGUCAGUUGAUAUUGUUCUGAAAUUGUUGAGGAAUAUUGUUAAGGAACCUGAGAAUGUUAAGUUUAGGAAAAUUAGGUUGAGUAAUCCAAAAAUUAAAGAAGCUGUUGCUGAUGUUAAUGGUGGGAUUGAAUUGCUUAGCAUUUUAGGGUUUGAACUUAGGGAGGAGAAUGGAGAGACAUGGGCAGUGAUGGAGGUUCCUACAGAGGAGAAAAUUAAAUUGAUUAAGAAAGCAAUUGUGUUGUUGGAACCACAACUGGUACAAGAUCCUCCAAAGAGGGACAAUUUGGUGUCUACAGCUUCUGCUGAGAAAGUAGUCGAGGCCGAACCUGCUGAACCAAAAAAGAUUGACAGACAGGUGAAGGUCUUCUUUGCUGUUGCUGAAAGUGUUGCAGCUAAAAUUGAGCUACCGGAUUCCUUCUACAAACGUUCAGCUGAAGAGGUGAGAAGAGAAGCUGAACUAAGGAAAAAAAAGUUUGAAGAGUCUCAGCUUUUAAUCCCCAAGUCACUUAGAGAAAAGCAAGCUAAAGCUGCAAAGAAGAGAUACACAAGAACUAUUAUUAGGAUUCAGUUUCCAGAUGCAGCUGUACUUCAAGGUGUAUUUGCUCCAUGGGAACCAACUUCUGCUCUCUAUGAGUUUGUCAGUUCCUCUAUAAAAGAACCAAAUUUGGAAUUUGAGCUAAUGCAUCCUGUCGUUGUUCAACGGCGAGUUAUCCCAUGUUUUCCAAAAGCAGGGCAAAAAGCUAAAACUAUAGAGGAAGAAGACCUGGUACCUUCUGCUCUAAUCAAGUUCAAGCCUCUAGAAACAGAUUCUGUUGUUUUCACCGGUCUCAAAAAUGAAUUACUUGAAAUCAGCGAACCACUUGUAAAUGGUUAAGCAUUUGGCUCUGUAUGAACUAUAUUGAUUUCUUUCCUUACUUUCACAAUUAUCUUUUUUCCCCUUUAUUGGUGGGGAUAUAGAUAUUUUUUAUGCUACUCAUUUUCAUUCACAAAUGUGACAAACAUUGUUAUAUAGUCAGAUACAUGUUAAACAAAUGAAUCAUGCAAUUGUGAAAGUA